AUGGUUAGAGUUAAUAAAUAUGUAGCAGCUACAGCUGCUAUUGCUGCAAUCAACAAAGUCAGUGCUGUUACUACUUUACCUAUUACCGCUGAAGAUGUUCAAAUGGCUGAAUUAGUCGUUUACGUUGAUGAUAUUCUUGGUCAUAUGAUGGAAUAUCUUUCAUUUAGACAGGUAAAUCCAGAUCAACCAUACCCAAGUGUUUUAAACGAUGUUGUUUUUCAAGCUAUGAUGAACACUGCAGAUGAUUCCUGGACUACUGCCUUAACUGGUAUUAAUCCAUCAACUGUUCAAAUGAUGUUAACUGGUGUUCCUUGGUAUUCUGCAAGAAUCUUACCAUCUCUUAAAGCUUAUUUGGACAAAGAAGAUAUUGCUGUCACAGGUAUCAAUGCUGUCCCAGUUACUUCUUCUUCCUCUUCUUUCUUCACCAUCACUCCUACCUCCUCUGCAGUAGCUUCUUCUUCUUUUUCGGCUCCUUCUGACGUUAUCUCUUCUUCUUCCGCAACUUCCAGUACCGUCUCUUCAGAAACUUCCUCAUCUUUUGUUACUCCUUCUUCUUCCGCAACAUCCAGUACCGUCUCUUCAGAAACUUCCUCAUCUUUUGUUACUCCUUCUUCUUCUACAACUUCUACUUCAGCAACACCAUCAUCUUCUGUUUCUCCUUCCUCUUUAGUUGCUUCAUCUUCCUCAAUUCCAUUCUCCUCUUCUGUCAUUUCUUCUUCUAGCACCCCAGUUUCUUCUUCUUAUUCUUCAUCUAUUCUUUCCUCUAGCAUCAUUUCAUCCUCUAUCCCUGCAGUUGCUAACUUAACUACCACUUCCUCAUCCUCUGCUAUAACUUCAUCCUCAUUAGUAUCUACAUCUUCAGAAGGAUACGUUCAAAAUACUACAUCCUCUUCUGUCCUAUCUUCUGUUACCGACUCUUCUAAAUAUUUCAAUGUGACAACUAUGUUGAACACAGUUACUAAUCGUUAUGUUAACACUACGACUAUUACUAGUUGUCCACCAGAGUCUUCCACAGUUGUUUCUACCACAGUUCAAAACACCUCUGAAACUACAGAAACUGUUUGCGAUGAAGUUUGUCAAUCAAAGAAAUUAGCCGAAUCUACAGCAACAGUCACAUCUAGUAACGUUUCUACUGUUACAUCCACAAUUUGUGAUGAAGUCUGUCAAUCUAAGAAAUCUGCCUCCUUGGCUACUUCUGUACCAUCUACUGUUAGUCAAGUUACUAGAUCAGAACAAUCUGCCACUUCUUCCAAGCCUGUCAUUGCACAACAAGUCAACGAAAACGGGGCUGCUAAGGAAUUUGCUGGUGUCGGUGCAUGCAUUUUAGCUGCUGUUGCUCUAUUGAUUUAG